AAUGACGCAUGGCGACAUGGUUGACAAGUAAGACGGGAUGUCGAUGGUUUUACCGUGUUUUUUUUGGACAUUUACAACGAUUUUAAAGAUUCCCCAAUGUGGUAAACUUAUUUCACCUCCAUGUGUUAGUCGUUCAUUCGCAUUUUGAGUCUUUUCAGCUGACUUUAAGCUGGUGGAGAGCCAGUUCAGCACCAAAAUGCAGUCUGUGAAGGUCGCUUAUUUGGCUUUAGCUGCGUCGAGAGUUCUCUGCUCAAGUCGGAGUUACUGUCUUCAGCUUGGUAAAAUAUCGGCUCGCUGUCGUGUUAAUUGUUCCGUCAGCCAGACUCGCCUUUGUCGGACAGCAGCCACGAUAGAGGAGACCGCGGUUAUUCGUGUUCCUCGCUACUUGCAGAAGCGCGUCGAGAACGUGAAGCAGACUCGAGGCAAAAACAAAAUCAGCACCGUCAAGGCUGGCAAGCUCCUGAUCCAGAGCAAGAACCCAGUUCUCAACCAGUCUGCGGGAUACGUUGUUGGGAAGUUCGAGCAGCCAACUCUGUGCUCCUCAGGAUGGAAACAUAACAAAUCAUUCGGUGACUAUUUCACCAUUAACAACAUCAAGACUGUUGCACCCUAUGUGACUGAAACUCAGAAAGAAGAUACUGAACAAAAAUCAUCUGUGACCUUCAAUAACCUCCAUAUUUGCAAGGAGCUUGUGGAAGCUUUGGACAGAAUCAACAUUAUCCAUCCCACCACUGUACAGCUACAGACCAUCCCAAAGGUCAUGAAAGGUCACAAUAUUCUUUGUGCCGCAGAGACGGGCAGUGGGAAAACUCUGAGCUACCUGCUUCCUAUUGUUAACAGACUACAGGCUGAAAAGAAACCACACAUGUAUACUGAGAACUCAAGGAAAAUUCACACUUUAGUUCUUGUGCCUUCCAGAGAGCUUGCUGAGCAAGUGGCGGCUGUGUCCCGGACUCUGUGUGCUCCAUUUGGCUUGCUUACCAGGACUGUGGGAGGUGGGCGUGGUGUAGGACACAUCAAGAUGGUCUUCAAGAGGAAUCAUCCAGAUAUUUUAGUAGCCACACCAGGUGCUCUGGUCAAGGCCCUGCGGAGACGCUGCCUGGACUUGGACGAGCUUAGCUUCUUUGUUAUAGACGAGGCAGACACUAUGUUUGACCCCAGCUUUUCUACCAUGCUGGAGAGCAUCCUACACCACGCAAACAUUGCUAGUGAACCCAAGCAAACACGGGGCUUGGUCCAUAAAGCCCAGUUGCUGGUGGUGGGGGCCACCUUCCCCGGUGGUGUCGGGGAAGUGCUCAAGCAGGUGACAGACCUCGGCAGCAUCGUGGUCAUCAAGAGUAAGAUGCUGCACUUCCUCAUGCCGCACGUCAAGCAGACCUUCCUGAAGGUAAAGGGUGCUGACAAGAUCCUGGAGCUCAACCAAGCCCUGAAGCUGCUCCAACAUGAAAAAGGAGGAGGUGGUGCUCUGGUGUUCUGCAACAAGUCUGCCACCGUCAACUGGCUGGGGCACUCGCUGGAUGAGAUGGGGGUUCAGCACGCACGUCUACAAGGGGAGAUGCCCGCUGCCGUGCGUUCAGGAAUCUUCCACUCCUUCCAGAAGGGUGCGGUGGAUGUGCUAAUUUGCACAGACAUUGCCUCUCGUGGCCUGGACACAUCCCGCGUUCGCUUGGUCGUCAACUAUGACUUCCCAGAAUCCCACACGGACUACAUCCACAGGGCAGGGAGAGUGGGGAGAGCGGGAGGGGUGGAGGAUGGGGAGGUGCUCAGCUUCGUCACUCAUCCCUGGGAUGUGGAGCUGGUGCAGAAGAUUGAGAUCGCUGCGCGCAGGAGAACCAGUUUACCGGGGAUGGAAUCUGAAAUACAUGAGCCAAAAGCCAAAGUGGAAGAGGCACAGCAGUAGAAGACGUAUUUGGGAUAUGUGUGAGUGUGGAAUUUGUUGCUGUGGUAAGCAAGAUAUGCACAGUGUGACAUAUCAUAAGUUUGCCAUCAUUUCCAAAAUUGGAUUGUUUGUACAAAUGAUUUUUCUCAGGAGUUACUUGUUUAUACUUACAUAUUGUCUUGACAUUUCCUGGCAUCUAAUGCAGUAUGUGUGUUAAAAUGCUUACAAUUCAAAGUAAAAUCUAGUCUUUGCAUCA